ACCGUCGGUCCGCCGUCGUGCACAGAGGUGGGCGGAGGCACAACAGCAAUGUCGAGAAGUUUUCCGAGUCCUCGCUGUCGUGCUUGCGGCUCGUUUUAGCUGAAACGAACAAAUAAACAAACUAAAGAUAAACAGUUGCGUCGACGAAGAAGCGGAAGUCGGACACGCGCGCACACAGCCAUGGAGGGUUUGUACGGAUGGGUCAUGCCCUCACUCAACCCAGUACAAGGAGGGAGCCCCUACAUAGAAAUCAUCGAGCAGCCGAAGCAGAGGGGGAUGAGGUUCAGGUACAAGUGUGAGGGACGUUCAGCCGGCAGCAUCCCCGGAGAGAAGAGCAACGAAAGCACUAAGACCCACCCAGCCAUCAAGGUUCACAACUACAGCGGCCCCCUGCGUGUGCGCAUCUCGUUAGUGACAAAGAAUGCACCGCACAAGCCCCACCCCCACGAACUGGUGGGGAAAGACUGCAAACACGGCUACUACGAGGCGGACCUGCAAGAGAGACGAGUACACAGUUUUCAGAAUCUGGGCAUUCAGUGUGUAAAGAAGAAGGAUGUGAAUGAGGCCAUCACCUGCAGGCUGCAGACCAAUAAUAACCCCUUCAACAUCCCCGAGGCGAAGGUGUGGGAGGAGGAGUUUGACUUGAACUCGGUCCGUCUUUGCUUCCAGGCCUCAUUCACUCUGGCUUCAGGGGAACAGAUCCCUCUGGAGCCGGUGGUAUCGCAACCCAUCUAUGACAACAGGGCCCCAAACACAGCUGAGCUGAAGAUCUGCAGAGUCAACCGCAACUCUGGCAGCUGCAAAGGAGGCGACGAAAUCUUUCUGCUGUGUGAUAAAGUGCAAAAAGAGGACAUCGAGGUGCGCUUCUUCCAGGACUCCUGGGAGGGGAAGGGCACUUUCUCCCAGGCCGACGUCCACAGGCAGGUGGCUAUUGUGUUCCGCACACCUCCGUACCCUGAAGCUAACCUCAGGGAGCCUAUCAGAGUCAAGAUGCAGCUCCGCCGGCCCUCGGACCGCGAGGUCAGCGAACCCAUGGACUUCCAGUACCUGCCGGCUGACCCAGAUGAAUACUUGCUGAAUCAGAAGAGAAAGUGUACACGGGACAUUUUCCAGAGCCUGAAGCUGGGGUCCAUGCUAUCUAGUGUGACCGGGCCACAAGAAAGACGCCACAUCACCCCAAAGAGGACUGCCCCAGCCAAGCUUCAAUCAAUGAACCCACAAGCUACGGCGCCCCCCCCUGGUGCCAGUGGAGCGAAGCCCCAUUCUUCGUACUUGUAUCAACCGGGUCAGCUUUCGGUCCAGCCCAAGGUGGAGGCCUCCAACUCCGCUGCAACCACAAACGCGACGUGGGCAAUCAUGGAGAGCCUAAACCUGGGCCCCAAAGCCACCCCAGUGCCCAACUUUACAAUGAGCCAGGUCCCAACCUCCCGCUCCGUUACCACACCGUCAACUGGCGACCAGGUAUACUCAACCGUCAACCUGUCAGACCUCCACCAGUAUUUCCCGGCGUCAUCGGCCCCAGUACAGGACACCACAUCUUCUCCGGCCUUACACCCGCCGAUCGCUGACGACGAUAUCCCAGAGUUCCCUAGCUUUUCCGAAGCCCAGGCGCAAGGCACCCUGGACCAGCUCAACAUGGAUGACUUCGAGGACCUCCUGAAUCCCGCCCUCCUGAACGAGUGCGGGAAUGGCACCUCGAUGUUGGCGCAAGAUUCGUGUCAGCAGGCCGCCCCGCCCGGCGGUUCCAUCGCGGCGUCCCAGAACACUUGCGACGCUGGCAGCAUCCCAGGAAGCACCUGGAUGAAUUACCCCAAUAGCAUCGUCCACCUGCUCCAGAACGAGGGCAUGAUUGACAUGGCAUCCGGCAACAUGAACCAACGGCCCGCUAUGCUGGACGAGUUCGACGAGUUGAUGUCGGCUGACGAGGACCGCCUGAUUUCCAUUUUUAACAGUGGAAGCCAAGCUGGGUUUGUCUCCGGACACCCAACUUAAAGUGUCACAAAGGGAUUCUUUUUAUGUUUAUUUUUGAAGGACAUAUUUACAUAGACCACUCAAAUCUGGCCUUUAAGUUCUGAAUUGAAACAUAAGAGCUUUCAGAGGCAGAAUGUAGCAAAACUGCUCUCCGAGGCAAAGGCUCUUUAUGUUUUUCAAUUAGUGCCCUUAUCCUGCUUUGUAUAGUUUAGCUGGUAAUGAUAUUACAGGAUUGUUUUGAAACUGCAUCGCCCUUAAAUCAAUUCUUAAACGCAGUGUGAGCAGAUGCUCUGCCAGUGGCCUCUUUUCAGAUUCCUGUGGAACAAGUUAGCCAUGCUUGUGUACUCAUCAUUGAAGCCGUUUGGGUAGCUCCCGUCAGUGUUACUGUAAUUCACUCUGAAAUGUGUACGUUUGGUCUUCCUUUUGAUUUCAAACAAAGUGGUCGGUCUGAGGUGUCUAUGCAAAUGAUCCUAUCGUCCCUGUGAUUCAGUAUCUCCAUGAAUGUUUUCUGAUGGUCACUGACCACCUUCUCAUACAGGUGCCUUUGUUGAGUCUCAACAAAAUGUAGUAAUGUGUUUUGAACCAAAUUAAGGUCUACACAGAAGUUAUCAAACAAUUAAGUGCAUGCUUAUAGCGCUGAUUUUGUAUCUACCUAAUUUUCUGUAGUAAAAGAUGCUUCAAGUAAAAUAACGCUGUUUUCUGAUCUAGCAGAUUAUAGUAUAUGCCUUCUUGCUGUAAUAAAUGAUUCAGUCAAAAAAAAUAAAAACCACAACAUACUAA